AUGUCUGGAGAAUUUAGCGACACUGCUUAUGAAGGCUCGGCAGGGAUUGUCUAUGCUGCUUCCUUUAACUUGAGCUAUGUUUUCAACACGACCAACAGCUCGUACGAGGACUACCUCCACCUGUCAGACUCUGAGAAAGCUGACUCUGUGGGAGAUGGAGCCGCUGUUGUAAGGAUUAUCAUCUCGGUCAUUUACUCUCUGGUUUGCGCGCUGGGUCUGGUUGGAAACCUGCUGGUCUUGUACUUAAUGAAGUCUAAACAUGUGUGGAAAAAAUCUUCCAUCAACCUUUUCGUAACUAGUUUGGCGGUGACUGACUUCCAGUUCGUCCUGACUCUGCCCUUCUGGGCUGUAGAAAACGCUUUGGACUUCACUUGGCUUUUCGGCAAAGCGAUGUGCAAAAUAGUGUCCUAUGUGACGGCAAUGAACAUGUACGCCAGCGUUUUUUUCCUGACCGCCAUGAGCGUGGCGAGGUACUGGUCACUCGCGUCUGCCCUGAAAGGCAGGCGGAGGCGGGCUCACUGCUGUUCCGCGCGGUCCAUCACCGUUAUCAUCUGGGUUUCCGCCGUCUCCGCCGCUCUGCCGCACGCGGUUUUCUCCACGACGGUGACAGUUUCCAACGAGGACCUGUGCCUCGUUAAAUUCCCGGAAACCAACGGAUCGGCGCAGUUUUGGCUCGCGCUCUAUCACUCUCAAAAAGUGUUGCUCGGCUUCGUGGUGCCUCUGGGCAUCAUCUCAGCCUGCUACCUGCUCCUUUUGCGCUUCAUCACCUCCAAAAACAUCAACACCUCGAGCGCCAAGCGACGAGCCAAAGUCACAAAGUCCGUCACCAUAGUGGUCUUGUCCUUCUUUCUUUGCUGGCUGCCCAACCAGGCUCUCACAGCCUGGGGCAUCCUCGUGAAACUUAACGUGGUUCACUUCAGUUACGAGUACUACAGCAUGCAAGUGUACGUGUUCCCCGUGUCCGUGUGCCUUGCGCACUCCAACAGCUGCCUGAAUCCCAUCCUGUACUGUCUUAUGAGGCGGGAGUUCAGAAAAGCGCUGAAAAAACUCUUCUGGCGGAUGACAUCGCCGACUCUGACCACCUUAAGACCGAUCACAGCCACCACAAAGCCGGAGGCUGACGAGCAAGGGCAGGUCCUGGUCCCCGUGUGCGCACCCGAGGAGCCCGCAGUGGUGUUUUAUCCUCCCGGGGAAGUGAUUUACAAUGACAGGCGAGACCUACCCCAGAACAGCGCUUAA